AUGGAUCAAUCAUCUACAACAACUAUCAGAAGGAAGCCUGUCCCAUCGGCUAACCCACAUUCACAACCACCUCCUCCGUAUCCGGGUGAUAUCCUUGACGAUCUCCUUGAUGAUUAUCUGGAACCAACUAAACUACCAAGUCCUCACCAGCACCACCAGCACCACCAGCACCACCAGCACCCCGUGCUAUCAACUGAAACCAAGGAAUUGAAACUGGAUAUUAGUCCUGCCGCCCCCCCAACCCUCCCUCCAAGGCAAUUAUCCAUUCCCCUUGUUUCUAGCCCUUCAGAAAUCUCACUUAACUCCGGCGUCUCAACACCAGAUACUUCUAAUCUCGGCAAUUCGAUAUGGAAGGCGGCUGUCAAUGAGACCAUCUACUUUGCCGGUGGACUUAUAUCCCAUCCAUUCGAAUCAACUAAGCAUUAUAGUAUUCUCCGCCAUUCGGCUGGGGUUAUCCUUUACCGAGGACCAUCUACGAGUGUCGCCAUAACCAUUUUCGCAGAUGGGCCUUUGCCAGCUGACCGUUCGUUCUGGUUACAGAGAAAAGGUUUCUCUGGGAAUAUGGGUAUGGCUGCUAGUGCCCUUCUACGCACACAGGGGAAUUGGAUUGAAGUGACUCCCUCAUUCGCAGCUCUUCCUUCUCAAGUCCCCGAAUCGGAUGAGCGAGCGUGGCAAAGGGAUAUCAAAAAAUUUAUCAAGAAGGCAGCAUCCCAUAAGCACUUAUCUAAGCAAACAGCCCGCGAAACAUGUGUUAUUCGAAUCCCUGCCUCGGCGGAAGAUGGCUAUUUGCGUAUUGUCAUGUGCACCGGUGAAGGGUCAAAGAAGACGCUUUGUCCCUCGCCCGUUUUUCGCGUAGCUAGUACGUCGUCAGAUGUAAGCGUAUUGCGUGGUGCAAGCUUGACAACUAUGCCUAUCGAACUCGGAUUGAAAGUAGCGUCAGUAAUAGGCCAAAGUGCCGUGGAAAGGUUCAUCGGACCUGCGAGGGAGGUUAUAGAGGCCCAAAUUGAAAAAUAUGGCCCGGGGUUAAUAGCCCAAGAGGCUGCGCUUAUGGCAUACGAAAAUUCUAAACUGAAUGAACGGCUUACCGCUGCAGAAGAGGCCACUGAUGCAGAAAGGGAUAGCGCAUACGAGUCUUUGCAAACGGAGGGGGUACUGGAGGCGCCUCCUCGGAUUGUCGGUGCCGAUAGUGGACCAGAGAAGCCGUAUCCAAUCCGGUUCAUUAGCAAGGUGGUCCAAGGAACUGGCAGAGGCCGAGCCGAAACGGGGAUACCGACAGCGAACCUAGCCGGCAUGCCGGAUGACUUACUACUACGUCCCAAUGGUGUUUAUAUAGGUUGGGCUGCUGUUCAACCAUUUCAGGGCAGCGAAGACAUUUCGUAUAACUGGCAUGAAGCCGUCAUUACUAUUGGGCCUUCGCCAUACGCACCGCCUCGAGUGGUUCCUAAGAAAAUAGCCGCAGUUCAUAUUGUCCACGACUUUGGCGAAGCUAGGUUUUUGAACGCUAAUAUUGAGGUCAUAGUUAUGGCAUACCUGAGACCCAUGCCAAAUCCCGAUAGCUCCCAGUCGCCUGCACAAAGGACUGCUGCUGCUACGCGAGAUAUAAGCACGACAGUGGCAAGUCUGAGUCGCGAGAAUUGGCAGUGCGAUAUGACUCUUCGUAGAGUUGAGUCCGAUAUGAGCACUAGGACUAUUGAAGAUAAAUAUAUUGAUAUAAUAUCACAAGCGCAGAAGCGGGUUGAUAGUGUUCCACUGCACCUAGCUGGGGUCCGCACUGCUAGAAGCGAACUCAAAGAUCAGGCCCUCGGUAGGGGUGGCUUAUACAUACGGCGAUGA